AUGGACGAGUUCGGCAUCAAUGUGAAGCAGAUAUUGUGCUGUAUGAACAGGAAUCCUGAGAUGAGCGCAGACAUCGCUGACCUCGCAAUAGAAUUCAAAAGCUCGGGAGUAGUGGGGAUCGAUGUAGCAUCGGGUGAGCUGCACUUCAACAGAGCGGAUCUUCGAGAAGCCCACAUAAAAGCGUGUCGACGAGCAAAAGCGGCAGGUCUCCAUGUGACGAUUCAUGCAGCUGAGGAUGGACCCGGGAGGAACUUCUGCUGUGCUGUGACUGAAUACUUAGCAGAAAGGAUCGGCCAUGGGUAUCGAAUACACGACCAACCGCAUGUCGAUGAGAAGUUGUAUCAACAGGCCAAAGACUCAGGCGCGCACAUUGAGGCCUGUCCUACUUCUAGUAUCUGCACGGAGGCCGUCUGUCUACCCCAAGUGCAUCCAGAGAAGCCAAUUCUAGACAGUUUAGACUGGAACAGGCAUCCCAUCAAGAAGUUCAUUGAGGAUGGUCUUAGUGUCAGCAUCAGCACUGAUGGCGGUCCGGUCUUCUCCACCGAUCUCACGAGAGAACUGUCCAUCUUGGUGGACCGUUUCCAUUUUGAUGCCCACAAAGUUGGAAGUAUGGUUACGAUCGCCGCCAUCGACCAUUGUUGGGCUGACGAUGAGGAAAAGGAGCGGUAUCGGAAAUUGGUAUAUGCUUACUAUGACGUUUGA